CCAACAUAAUGUAUUACUUUUCAUACCACACAAUUUAUACACAAACUGCCUCAUUUCAUUGCUCCAAUAAUAUUGAAAGCUCUGUUGUGUCUGACCACAACAUGACGUGGAAAUUCCAUGAGCGGCCCUUUUGUACUUUCUUUCUUUUCAUUUGAUUGCAGUCUCCCUCGUCUUUCUGGAGUUUCACAGCCCACCAUAAUCCCAUUCUAAUUUUAACUUCCUCAAUAUAUUCUCCUUGUUCAAUUUUUAUUCUAUUAUAGAAAUUGAAGCUGGGAAGCAGAAGCUAAAGCUUCAACAGAAGGAGGAGAUUUUGUGUUUUUUUUUUUUCAGCUUUAGAAGAAAUGAAGGGGAAGCUUCAGGCUCCUUCAAAAGAGGGAAGUUCAUCAGAUAAAACAUCUUGUAUUUCUUCAGCUGGAGAUAAUUCAAGUACCAACUUGAAGGAGACUGAUCUGGAGUGUGAAUUAAAGCCAACAGAUCAGGACUCAACUUAUCACAAUUAUGGAUAUUACUAUCCAGGUUUCGAUGUUUCUAUUGGUGAAUUUGAUGAUCAAGGAUACUACACGCCUGCUGAUCGAUCGGAAUUUCAGUACCCUGUUUUACAAGCAGAUGGAUCUCUUGUAUGUGUCAUGCCAGCAUUUCAGCCUGGCUACAGUUCAUUUGGCCCUCAUUUACCUGUAGCUGCAUUUGGAGUAGAUGGGCCAUUUUCACCUGGCUUUGUGUUUCAACCAUCCAUUACUUCCCCAGGAUUUUAUCCAAACGCUCUUCCUUAUGGAAACUUUAUUCCCUCACCCUACAUCUGGGAUCCAUCCUUGUUGGUUGGGGAUGCAGUAUAUGGAGAUAAUCACAGUGGACAUCCUGAAAUACGUGGUUCUAAACCUCGUAUAUCUUCAGCUAAUCAUACCUGUGCUCCUUAUUCCAAAAAAUCAUCACAGUCAGAGUUUACCAAACCAUCAGAAAUGAAGAGCUCUGUACCAUCAGGCUACAGUGUGCAAAACCAAUUGAAAUCUUCAAGCAAGGCAUCACAACAUGGGUCGAUUAUCCAGUCGGAUGCACCCGGAAAAGGACAUUUCCCAUUUGCAAAAUACCCCUUGUAUAAUCAAGGGAAGGGUGGAAUGCUCUAUUUAAACUAUUAUGUUAAUGGUAAAACAAAUGCACAGGUUUGGGGUGGAACUGAAAAGACGAAAACAAGAAGCAAGGGCAGCAGUGUUAGUGAUUUUGGUUUGCUUAGUGAACAGAAUCAUGUUCCUAGGAUAACAAAUGCUAAAGGUGCUUUGGUAUCUGGAGGCAAUGCUUCUGGACCUUUGGCUACCGAUGGGAAUGGAAGCAACAACAGCAUAGCUUCUCUUGUGAGGAGGGAUCAAUAUAACCGUCCUGACUUCCCAACCAAAUACGAUAAUGCGUAUUUCUUUGUAAUAAAAUCUUAUAGUGAAGAUGACAUUCACAAAAGCAUCAAAUACAAUGUAUGGGCUAGUACUCCCAAUGGAAAUAAGAGGCUGGAUGCUGCAUAUGAAGAUGCACAAAGUAGGAUAGUUGAGAAAGGGAGAAAGUGUACUGUGUUCCUUUUCUUUUCGGUAAAUGCAAGUGGUCAGUUCUGUGGAGUUGCUGAGAUGGUUGGCCGAGUGGAUUUAAAUAAGAAUAUGGAUUUUUGGCAGCAGGAUAAAUGGAAUGGGUUUUUCCCGGUUAAGUGGCACAUUAUAAAAGAUGUUCCAAAUCCGCAAUUAAGACAUAUAAUACUUGAAAAUAAUGACAAUAAGCCUGUAACCAAUAGCAGAGACACACAGGAGGUAAAAUUUUCUCAGGGUAUUGAAAUGUUAAACAUUUUCAAGAACUAUGCAUCAAAGACAUCUAUACUGGACGAUUUCGAAUUUUAUGAAAGUCGACAAAAGAUGAUGCAAGGAAAGAAAGCAAGACCUUCUGUGCCUCAUUUUGAUCAUAUACAGAAAGCAGAUGAGCUAACCACCAGUUUCAAGUCAGUAGAUUUAUCUUCAAGGGAAAAUGUUGAAGAACCUUGCAAGGAAUUAACCCCCAUUAUGGGCAUAGUGGACGAUUACCAAAAACCAGCAGCUGCAUGGGAUUGCUGCAAAUUUGAGCCUCAUCACUGCUGCUGAUGGCAUUACUGCCUGAAUACAAUAUAGAAGUUUGAAGGAGGAACAGUUUCUGAAGAAGAAAAUGUGAUAUUUUGGAUAGAAGGUGAAUGGAAUUAUGAUUAUGAAGAUCUUUUAUGAUGGUACACUAGGUGAGAAUACUUCCUUUAGAAAAGAAAAUAAAAGAAAAGAGGGUAAAUUCCCAUAGGUUUGAGAAAUAUCAAUAAAUCUCCCCUACUUUUUAGUUAACAAUACAAGUAGAGAGAUGAAAUUUCAUUAAUGUCCCACAUUAUUCCCAAAAAAGAUACAAGACUUGUAGGGAGGUUUGUCAUUAUUUUUCAAACUUGGAGGGUUGUAAUUGUAAUUUACUUUUCAUACCUUAGGGAGUUUGCGUAAUUAACCCAAAAAAUAAUAGGAAGAUGAUAGUGGUUCGGGCAAGAAGGCGGUCUUAUGUGUACCAUAGAAGAAGUUUGGAUGAUGGUCAUUAAAAUGGCCUGAAUGUGGUGUCACUUAAUGCAAGUUUGCUCUGUAUACAUUGUUAACUUACAAAUUGUAAGUUUACAUGCCCACAUCAAUAAAUGUAUUCCACUGAAA